AUGGCGUCGGCCCUGUUCUGUCGCCUGCUGAGGCUGUCAGCCCCUAAAACAGUCCGCAGCCCACCGCUGAGCCCCGCAAACGUGUCGUGCCGAACGGCGGUGAGCUCGUCCUCCGGCGCCAUUCUGCCCAAACCCAAAAAGACCCCCUUCGGCCUGUUCCGGAUCGCUCUGGUAGUGGUGCCCUUCUUGUACGUGGGGACCCAGAUCAGCAAGAACUUUGCCGCGCUGCUGGAGGAGCACGACAUCUUCGUCCCCGAGGAUGACGACGACGACGACUGA